CAAACAGGCACUCCCAUAUUUGUUUAUAUUCAUGGAGGCUAUUGGCAACUAUUGGAUAAAUCUACUUCCGGCCCUCUGGUUUUCCCCAUGAUUGAGCACAAUUACCGCAUCAUCUUAGUGGACUAUAAUCUAUGUCCUCAAGUGUCACUUGAACAAAUUAACCAACAAAUUUGUAAUUUUUACAAAUGGUUACAAAAGUAUGCCGUCGAAACCAAAGCACCCAAAAUAUCCAUAUGUGGACAUUCUGCUGGUGCUCAUUUGUUAUUGCAAAUGUUUCGUGAGGAAUUUUUACAACCUUUAAAUCGAUUAAAUCUUAUAGAGCAAAUUUUUUUAAUAAGUGGAGUUUAUGAUUUGCGUGAGCUUUGGUGCUUGAAAAGUGUUAAUCCUAAUGAUAUAUUAAACUUAAAUGCUGACAAGGCUAAAGAGUUGUCACCUUUAUGUUGGUUGUUUGAUAAGGAUUUAUUAGGAGAAUAUCAAAAACAAGGUCUGCGCAUUCACAUUCUUGUGGCGGAAAAUGAUAGCGAUCGCUUCAAGCAACAAGCUCGUGAAUAUUGUGAAAAGUUAAAGGCCUUACAACUACGGACAAAGUAUAAGGAAUUUAAGGCAUAUGAUCAUUUUGAUAUAAUAGAGGAAUGUGUUAAUCCUAAAUCAUCUAUAAGUAGUUAUAUACGAGAAAAUUUGCAAAGUGUUAAACAGGAGUAAGAAUUUUUGUUAUUACUUUAAGAUUUAUGUUAAACAUUUGUUUUUCUUUUUUAAUAUAAAUAAAAUUUUAGAUUUUGCACAUACUUACCUAAAAAUAUCACAAUUUUGCUAAAUUGUUGCACAAAUUAAAUUAUUAAAUACAAAAUCUAUAUGCUUGUACUGUUUUUAACACAGAAAUGAAAACUUCUUUCACAUAGUUGUAAAAAUAUCUUAAAAAAAACACUUUCUGCUAUCCCUGGUUCUCUUUAAUUAUUAUAAUUUUGUACCACUUCAAACUCUUCC